GCCGCCGCCGGCCGCCGCGGGGCCUCUGGGCGCUUUCGCGGCCGCUCCCCGGGCCAGCGGGGUCCGGGAGGAGCGUGGCUGCGGCCUGCGGAUCCGGCGCCACCGGCACUGACCGCUACUGCCUGGAGCUGCUGCGGUCCCAGUUGGAUAGGGGCCUGCCUUGGAAUCCUGACUUCAGGGAGGAUGGCUGGUCCCUCACUGGCCAUCUGACUCCUUGGAGGGCAGAAAAGGCUCAAGGACACGAGAUUAUGAAGGUUACUUAUGUUCUUUGCUGUUCCCUGCAGAAUUCAGAAACUCUGUCUUCGCGCUGAGGGCCUUCAAUGUGGAACUGGCUCAGGCUGGUUAGGGAUUCAGUCUCUGAGAAAACAAUUGGACUGAUGCGAAUGCAAUUUUGGAAGAAAACUGUGGAGGACAUAUACUGUGACAAUCCACCACACCAGCCUGUGGCCAUUGAACUGUGGAAGGCUGUCAAAAGACACCGUCUGACUAAAAGAUGGCUUGUGAAAAUCAUUGAUGAAAGAGAAAAAAAUUUGGAAGACAAAACUUACCGUAAUAUCCAGGAACUGGAAAAUUAUGCUGAAAACACACAGAGCUCUCUUCUUUAUUUAACUUUAGAAGUAUUGGGUGUAAAGGAUAUCCAUGCAGAUCAUGCUGCAAGUCACAUUGGAAAAGCACAAGGCAUUGUUACCUGUCUGAGAGCAACACCCUAUCAUGGGAGCAGAAGAAAGGUGUUCCUCCCCAUGGAUAUUUGCAUGCUGCAUGGUGUUUCACAAGAGGAUUUUCUACAGAAGAAUCAAGAUAAAAGUGUGAGGAAUGUGAUAUAUGACAUUGCCAGCCAGGCACACUUACACCUAAACCAUGCUAGGUCCUUCCACAAAAGUGUUCCUGUGAAAGCGUUUCCGGCUUUUCUUCAGACAGUUGCUUUGGAGAACUAUUUAAAGAAAAUUCAGCAAGUGGAUUUUGAUAUAUUCCACCCAUUUUUACAGCAGAAGAACACACUACUUCCGUUAUCUUUGUACAUUCAAUCAUGGAGGAAAAGAUAUUAAACGAGUCUCAUGGUGAUAUUAACUUACAGUUAUUCACCUUACAAAUAAGAAGGAGUCAAGAUUCUUGUUGAGAAGCAACCGGAAUUGGCUGUUGAUUUAAGGAGAAAAGACUUAUACUGUGUGGAUGUGAGUGACUCACAGGGUAGAAAAGUUUCUGUGGGGCAAGACCAGUGCCCAGAUCCUGCCUGUGUCACCACCAGCCCUCCUUGGGAAAUCUCGUCUCCAGAGGGAGCACCAUCUUAGUUGUGCUUGUUAGGAGGACCAGUGUCUGCCUCCAGGAGGCAGCAGAGUGACGGUGCUUGGGAAGGCAGAGGGCGGGGCUCCGGCACUGAGCAGCCAAAAGGCAUCCACUGUGGCAGGUCAAGGAGAGUGCUGGCUGGGUAUUAGCUACUUAACAUUUCAUCUUUACAACCCUGUGGAAAUAGGGUGUGAUGAUAAAAUACCGUCUUGACUGGCAAGGAUUACAGCCUUAAUUUGACUUGGGCAGAUUUGAAAAACUUUGACCUUUGUGUUAUCUUCACUGCUUCACAUUCUGUCGUGAUAAUGCUGAGUGUCUCGGUAAAAUGUACCCAGCAAAGUGAAUCUCAGUGUAAAUGAUAUGGCACUGUAUUGAAUGUUUAAGGGAAUGCACUUCAUUUUUCAAACAAACAAACAAACAAACAAACAAACAAAAACAGUUCACUCAUUCAGUUUCCCAGUGAGAAGCUCCGUACUCUGUGUUUUCAUCAGUGUUCUCAUUUGCUCUAACCCCAAACCCUAUGAAGUCAGGUAUUUUUAAAAAAUACUAAAAAAAUAAAAUAAAAUUAUACAUAAUAUUACAAAACAAUUUGCUUGUUUGCGUUGCUGGUACUUGGCUGGUCUGGUCUCUGAAUGGGUUUCUAGCUUCCAAGAGUAGGAUGAUACCAUUCUCUCUUCUGGCUUCUUUAGUGGUCUUGUCUACUGCCCACUCAUACACCUGCUCUGCCUCUCCUCUCCCCUUCUCCCUGUCUGACACUAUUGCUCUUCUCUCUCCUUCUUUUUAACGUUCUUUUAAAAAUGUGUUAUUGUGGUGUGGUCCAGGAGGUGGCGCAGUGGAUAAAGCAUUGAGGUUCUGAGUUCAAUCCCCGGCAGCACAUGUACCAGAGUGAUGUCUGGCUCUUUCUCUCUCCUCCUAUGUUUCUCUUUAAUAAAUAAAUAAGAAGUUAUGAAAAAUA